ACACACAUCCGACUAUGUGCGAUCCUCUGGUGGCUCUUAGCGAUCGGCUGAUCGAGGAACUGAAUGAAGGAAAGGAAGAGAGACUGCAGUUGAUAAGAAGAGAUGACGGGAGAAUGCUUGUUCGUUGUGCAGAUCUAAAGGAUUGGUUGACGGAGCUGAAGGAGACAAAAUGUCGAAAAGUUGCUAUUCACGAGCUAUUGCAAGGUUGCGAGGUCUACUUUGAGCCUUUACCAACGCCUUCUAGAAAUCCUGACUUGGUUGCAAGACUAGAGAGACUGAAAGCUGAGCAAGACCAGAGGGACUAUGACAGAAUGGUAGAAAACGUAUCAUUAGGAGUGCUGUCAAAGAAACAUCUUGGGACAAGUGCAGUAUCAGAAAUUCGUCAAAGUCAGAGACAGUUGGGUUUGGUAGUCAACUUUGUAAUCACAGUUGUUGGUGCUUUCUUCUUUGGUUAUUAUGCUUGCUAUAGUAUAGCAGAGUUCACCGGGAGGAUGAUUGGAGGCUUAAUGUUCGCAUUUGUAGUAUUCUUUGUUGACUUGUACUUUCUUACAAAACAAGUCUAGCAGUACUGAGAUAAAUGAUCUUGUGGAAAAACAUGAAAAUUAUGUGCUACCAAUUAUAUCUUGUUGAAAGUCUCCUAGACAUCGAUGAUAUCGAUGAUUAUGUACAUGUAGAAUUUAAAGGCAAUUAUAGUACAAA